CCUAUAUAUAAAUAGGGUUUGUCUAGUGUGUGCCCAAGGGCACAUGCUAAGCACUAACAUUUAUAAAAUUGGAGGGAUUUGAUUGGUGUGGUUGUUGUAAAUGCAAGGGGGGCCAUCAUUAUUAAAGAGUGUAAGCCAAUCAAAAUCUCCCAAAUUUAUAAGUUUUAGUGCUUAGUGUGUGCCCUUGGGCACACCAUAGAAAAACCGAUAUAAAUAUCCUUCGCAGUCUGUGUAUAUCUCAACAUCCUCUAGCAACAAACCUGUAACAUCUUCCACUUCAUAUAUACCUUCUAAGACAUAUUUUUGCAGCUUUCUUUGUAUCAAUUCCUUGUCAAUGGAGUGGUCUUCUCAAGAUGCGACCAAUGCUUACUUGAACACUCUUCACCUUUGUAAAGUUAAGAACCAGAAGCGCAGUCUUGAAAACAGACCACCCCUCAUUGAACCCGAAUGCAUGGAAUUGAUAUCCGCCUUAGCAGCCGGAAACCAAGCCAAGCUCAUGGUGGAAGUGACCACCCAAGGCAUUUCCUCUCUCACUAUCGCGCUAGCCGUCGCUGCAAAACAAACCGGAGGCCGAGUGUUUUGCAUCGUCCCUCACCGCGAAAACAUCGACAAAAUCAUAUGCAGACAGCUCGAAAGCUAUGACCACAUCAUUGCCGAUUUAAAAAAGGUGAUGAGAAUCGUGGUGGGAGAUCCGUGCGAGCUGAUCAAGCGCUACAGGAAGAUGGACUUCGCGGUUAUAGAUGGGAAAUUUGAAGAUCAUGUGAAAUUGUUCAAGAAUAUUGACAUGGACUCGAAAGGGUCGGUUGUGGUGGUGAAUAGUAAGGUGUGUGAGAGGAGUUUUGGUGAAGUUGUUAGGGGGAAGAAAGGAGUUGAAUCUGUGGUGACAUUGCCUGUGGGAGAAGGAAUGGAGUUGACAAGAAUUGGAUCUUCUGGUAGGUGGGGGAACAAAAAAUCUAGAAGGUUCUAUGUUGUGGAUGAGAAUUAAGCAUGUAUAGCUACCACAUGCUUUCUUUCGUUUGAUAUUAAUUGUAUACAUGUAAAUUACUAGUACCAAUAAGUAAGGUUAUGCAAUUAGUUGACAUUUUAAACCAGUGAAAUAUAGAAGUUGGAACUUGAUAGUUGAAGUUA